UUAACGUCUUUGUCUCAUCCGUGAUUGUGAUUUCUGUGCACAUUGUAAAAGUGAAAUCGGUCUAUAUUAAUAUACUUUUAUAGUAAACUACAAUAAUAGUACAAUUUGUUUCCAAUUUUCGUAAUAGUAUAUCUUUUUUUUAUUCCCUCAUCUUUGUGAACAAGCUGGAGAAUCAAUCUGUUGUUUUCAUUUAAUGGUAAUUGUUUAGUGAAAUCUUGGUUUAAAAAUGACCGGAGUGCGUGCCGGCCGCGUACCCAAGCGCCGAAGAGGGCACCGCGUAAAGACUCGGUCAGUAUUAAGAAUGAUGGCAAUAAUGCAGGACAGGAAUAGUGAGGACGUACCUCGGGAAUUCCUCGAAACGGGUCGUACAGGAAGGCGCAACGCCAUGCCUGAUAUCUUGCAUCCUCAAGGUGCGGAGAUGACAACGGCCGACCUGCCAUCCAGACUGCAACAACUUGUCACUACGGAUCCAGAAAGCCCUCAGCCGGGGACGUCAAAAACAGAAUUAGAUCCGAACAAAGUGGACGAGAAGACAGGAAAAAAGGAUAGUUGUAGUUGAGCUGUCUCGCUCACACAGUCCAUGCGGACUACUCAGGACUUGCCCAAAGCUUAAGUAAUCUCAACCAGGUACCAUAGUAUUAUUAAGCACUGAGUAGAACUCACCUUAGAUGGUGCAGAUAUAGCUCCUAUGUCCUGUUCGAGAAUGUAGAAUUGUAGAUAUCCAAUUGUUUCGUAUUAUUGUGGACGGGCGGUGUCGAAUUUAUUUUAUUAACGUGAUCUUUAGUGUAUCAAUAAAUGUAAACAUAAUAUUCAAAAGCUUCUUUAUUAACAAUGUUAUUUAUAUGAUUUAUUAAUAACUAACUGCAUAAUUGUUGGUUUUAAAUGUUGAUGUUCGGUUUGUUUUCAUAUAAAGGAUUUGAAAUAUACUAACAGUUCAGUCACGUUAAGGAUCAAAAGGCUGAAAAUUGUUUAUACACACACAUUGAAACAAUAGGAAUUAUAAGGGCAUGGUGGGCAGUUGUAAUUAUAUAUGUUUGUGUAAAUUAGAAUUGAUAGACAUACAUGUUUAAACUAUAUAACUGUAUAUAGUUUACCAGUAGACGAUGUUAGUGUUCUUUAGGAUUGUUAUAUAUGUGUAAAAUUAGUUCGAUAUAAUAUUGAUGAUUACGUUGUUAGCAAUAUUUUUUAAACAAAACAUUUUUUACAUGAAAUACCAUAGUAUAGAAUAGAAAUGUAAUUUUUUUAAUGCAUAGUCCUACCUGUGAGGCUUCGAAUAACUUACUCGUUUACGAUUACAGUUAUUAGCAACAAGCAAUAUAUAUUACAUAAAUAGCUUGUUAACAAAUGGAAUAUAAUUAACAAUUCACUGGAGAUCCUUAAAAAAUAGAUACUCUAUUUGAAUUUUGUUUGUAUACUGUAAUUAUUUUUAGUCUAACACAAUAGUUUGUUUUUACUAAAAUUUAUUUAAAUUAAAAAAUGUUUGUUUUUUUUAUUUUAUUAGGCUUUAACCUAUUAACUGGCACUAUAAAUGAGAUGCUUGAACAUGGAAUCCACUCGCACUAAUAAAGCACCUAGAAAAAUAAUAUAUGUAUUUUUUAAUUUAAAAUUCGUAAUAUUGCCACGGUAUAGAUUGUCAAAUUUCGCUUUAACUGCGCAAUUUAUAUGUCAAUUGCAUAACAACUGGUCAUUUAGAUUUUAUUGUUAGAUAACCUUAAAAACUUAGCUUAAAAACAUAAUAAGUACAAUAUUUUUUGUGAUUUUUGAGUGAGAUAGUGCAGCUUUAUUGUUAUAGGUUUUAUAUAAUAGAAAUUACAAUGUCUUUUUUUUUUAAUUCCUUAUUUUUUAAUAAAGGUCCGAUAUAAUUGAUUUUACGCUCCUUAUUAAUUUGAAAGCACAAACAUAUUUAUUAUACAAUGAAGAUUUGUAUUCGAUAGAUUAUGUUCUAUUUUUUUUUUUAUAAAUUAUUACAUAAUUUCGGUUUAUAUAAGAUGAUAUGAUAAGACUUUUGCUAGUAUAUAUGUUAUGUAGAAUAUCUGCAUCACUUGCCUUCUUAUAAUGCAGUUACAUACCAGUCAUAGACGUAGACAAAUAAAAUUGUAUUAAUUUUAUUUUCAAAAUGUUUACCCUAUUAACGUUAUAGAAAUAUUUGUACAAUUUUAAUACUCAUUUGGUUUCAAAAUGUAUACAAAUGAAAUGUGACGUAUAAUUUCAAAAUAAAAGAAGGUCAAAAAGUCAUUUCAGUUAAGUUACCUUUUAGCGUUCAAUAUGACAAUUAAAAAAAGUAUGAUUCUUUAUGCUUUUUUAAUGUUUAUAAUAUUCGUACAUUAUUCUUGUCUAACAACAUUCUAUUAAAAAAAACUCUCUGGUUUAUUUAUAUAUUUUACUACAAAAAUAAACACAGUAAAGUUGGUAGUAGUAAUAAAUAUUAGUGUUAGAAUAUAAAUAAUAGAGGAAUAAAUAGUGACUAGCAUCCAUAUUGUAUCUUAUGACUAGAUAGUAAUACAUAACACUAUGAAUGUAACUUAGAAUAAACUUUGAUCUUCUCAAUGAAUGUCUUUUUAAAUAAAAUAACUAAAUUGCCUUGAAUUUUUACGAGCAUCGAAUUCUUAACAACGUUUUCUACUAUUUCGAUGUAUCGCUGUAUCGCUGUCUGUAUCGAGUUCUCGAUUAUAUCUUACUAUGUAAAUUAUCAAAUGACUAAAACUCGAUGUUAAUUAUUGAUCCCUAAAUAUUUUAACUUUUAUCAUCACGAGUAUUGGGCAUUUUAAUUAUUUUUAAAUAAAACAUGUAUAUUUUGUAAUGGCAGGAUUAUACAAAGUUAUAAAGUAAUUAUCCAUAUCAUAUCACUUAAAUGAUUUAUAUUUAAUAAAAUAAUAAAUAGCUUUUUUUAAUUCUGUGGUAAGGUUAUAUGAAAUUGUCAUAAAUCCCAUUUUAUACAUCUUAAUAUUGUUUUUUUAUCAAGCUGUAACUUGAUUAGAUUUAUAGUAAUGUAAUUUACACACCGUAGAAUACAAAUUUUGUACGUUUAUAUUAUGGCAUUAUUAAUGCUUAGGGUAUAAAUAUGUGUAAAGUUAUACUUAAUAUUAUGAUUUAGAAAUAUCGGACUCCCACCUUUUCAUCCAAAAUAUCGUCAUACGAACAAUUAUUGAAUGAUCUGAUUUAAUAUUAUUAAAUUACUGAAUGAUUGAACAUCUGGAGCAAAAUAUCAGACCGUAUGGUUUGUGGAGCAUCGGCUAUGUUAGGUAUGGUUUUCUUUUCUUAUAGUACCAUAUCUUUGGGCAGAGGUUAACACCAUUACUAACUGUAAAGUUAACUACACCUAUACUAACUAUCUGCCUUCAUGUUCCAAAUAUUAUAUUUCAGAGUAUUACAGAAAAGGAGUCAGAUAUUUUUAAAUUAAAGUAAACGCACAUUAUAUUCGAUGUCUCUUACUACUUGUCUAUACUAUAUUCGACUUUUUAUAUUGCAACGGGAUAUUUCACAGAAUAGAGAAAUAGCAAUAGCUUAGUAAACAUAUCAGGCAAGCUUUUGGUAUGUCUUACAUAAACAGACACUAAUAUGCAAAAAUGUUACAAAAAAUAUUUAUGUUAAUAAUUGUCGUAGUUGCAUGUCAUGUAAAAAAUGUAUGUCCUCGCUAAAUUGAUCUCUCUUCUGAUAUAUCCCACAUUGAAGGAUGUGAAAAAUUGCCCAACAUGUACAUUAUUAUUUCUUACCAUUUUUAAGUUAAUUGCAAGUGUUAUAGUGAAUUUUUGUCAGUACACUGAAAUAAAAUAAAUGCAAGAUUACUAUUAUAUAUUAUUUUUAUUAAAGUUUCACAUUUUAGUUAUGUUAAAAAAUGGUUUUAUUUCUAUACGAUAUAUUUUUGCAUAUGUUAUGGUUGUACAAAAGCAAUAUUAAAUAUUUCUAAAUCCACACUAACUAAAAUCCGAUAGGUGUUAAUUUGUGUGUUUUAUUCAUUAAUUAAUGACAAUGUCUUAUUUAUAAAUAAAUAUGAGUUAUUUUUAAUCAAUCCUUACUUAUAUAUUUAACUAAUUAAUUAUUUGUAAAUCU